AUGGUGGAUCCUUUCACAGCUCUUGGAACGGCAAGCAGCAUUCUUACAUUUGUAGAGUUUGCAUGGAAGCUACUUACGAACACAUGUACAACUUAUAAAUCGGCAGCCGGUAAAAGUGAAGGCAAUCGGAUCCUCUCACUUAUCACAAAAGACGCAGCCCGCCUCGGAGAUGCCAUCAUCGCGGCACCUGAUUGUGAAGAUGACCUGCGAGAACUUGUCGAAGAGGCAAAGAGAAUUUCCAAUGAUUUGCGUGAAGUGUUGGAAAAGCUGCAAGUCCGGGGGACCACAACCGCCUGGAAGAGCUUCGUUGUCGCAUUGAACGAACUUUGGCAAAGCAGCGAAGUCAAGUCUCUCUCUGAUAGACUUACCAAACUCCGGAAUGUCAUUAUCUUUCAUAUGCAGAAGUUGCUCCUCAAUAACGUAUCGGGCAUCCCACACAAGAUUACCGAGCUGGAGCAUACGAGUAAUGAACUCGGAACCACAAUACAGGUCGAGUUUCGUCAGCUGCGUGAAGACUUCGCCGCCGCUAUGCAGAAGUUCCAGCGCGAAGACUCAACCCACCCCGCCGCCAUGGACAAGUAUCUCAAAAGCUGGGAUGGAACAAAGCCGUUAGACGAUGCUUCUAUCUAUAAAGCCCUCGUAGAUCUACAAGACCUAUUUAGGACAGCCUCGCGUCUUCACGAAGCCGGGAAAACGACCGAAGACGAUCAGCAUGUGUUCAGAAGUCUUUAUUUUACCGGUAUAAUGAUGAGGCACAAGAAUAUAGCUGAAGCACAUGCACGCACUUUCGCCUGGGUCUUUCAGAGGAGACCCCCGGAGUUUGUUGAUUGGCUAGAGAAUUCGACGAAUGGCAUAUUCUGGAUUCAGGGGAAACCAGGCUCAGGGAAAUCUACUCUCAUGAAAUUUCUUUCUAAUCACGAUAGCACACGCAUCCAUCUGGAACCAUGGGCAGGGGAAGGGGAGCUCGUGAUUUCUAGAUACUUCUUCUGGAAUGCGGGUUCGCCGCUUCAGAAAUCUCGUGAGGGUCUCCUUCGAUCCCUCUUGUUCGGAAUACUACGAAACUACCAUCGGCUUGCACCUCGAGUACUUGCACUACGGAUCGAAUUCAGAGAUGAAUUGGACAACGAUUGGUCUUGGACGGUAGAUGAAUUGCUAGCUAUCCUCCAAGUAAUCAUUGGCGAGUGCAAAGACACCAAGUUUUGCUUUUUUAUCGACGGCAUGGACGAAUACGAAGAAGACAGGACAGAACUGGCCAGUCUCGUAAAAGUCAUACAGCGUCUCGCAUCCUUCCCGAACCUCAAGCUUUGUGUUUCAAGUCGACCUUGGUCCAUGUUUGUAGACGCUUUCGGCCAAGAUCCCAAGUUGUCACUCAAAGUUGAAGGCCUUACGCGCGACGAUAUCCGACAGUAUGUCUAUGACAAGUUCCAAGAUAAUAAACAAUUCGUCGUGCUGCGGGAUGCGGACCCGAUUGCGCUAGAAUUGACGGAAGAAAUCUGUCAGCGAGCCAAGGGAGUAUUUCUCUGGGUUUAUCUCGUAGUUCGUGACCUCCUUGUCGGAUUCACCAACGGUGAUUCCACCAAGUUUCUCAAGGCUCGGUUAGAAGGAUUCCCAGAAGAUCUAGAUAGCUUUUUCCGACAAAUGAUCGACACUAUACCUUCACUAUAUCUUCCAUCAACGGCUCGAAUGUUCCAAAUAGCUAGAACAGCAUCGCAACCUUAUUCGCAAUCAAGAUUGGCCGUCAAAACUAUACCCCUACCCGAGGUACAACGCCGGCACGACCAAGUGAGGCGGCGAUUGGAUGCGCGGAGCAAAGGACUCCUAGAAGUUACUCUCGAGAAUAAUAACAUCCGACUUGGAGAUCUACAGGCGCGCGUUGACUUCCUUCACCGCACUGUCCGCGACUUUCUCGUCUGUCCAGACGGCUUGGGCUCAUUUAUUUCGCAGUAUAGAGACAAUACAAAUACUGCUUUAGUGAUGUGUAAUGCCCUGCUAGCUACUCUAAAGGAACCACCACCGCUGGGGAAUUUGAUCUUGGCUAGGAGGAGAAUGUAUAUUUUGGAUCAACUUGUCGAAUGGGCUGCACAAGCGGAACGAGAUACCAUGGUCGUCUCAACGGCGCUUAUACCAAUCCUAGAUUCUGCCGAACAAAUGUGUUCCGAAUAUCCUCCGCCGUCCUUUAUGGCUGUUCGAUCAGUGCCAGAAGAGAUUUCUUUUCUUGGGUUGGUGUAUCAGUGGGGUAUCCUCUCCUAUAUCAUGACAAAGACCAGCGAUAUCCGCACACUUGUUCUCGCCCGCGGACCACAAAAACCGCUAUUAGACUGUGCUCUAAACAAUGGUAGCCAUGAUUAUGGCUAUAUCAACCCAGCGCUUAUCGAGUUUCUCUUAGACAAUGGAUAUGAUCCGAACCAAGUUUACAAGUCCGAAACUAUCUGGGUACGAUUUAUCCGUCAGUUAAAGGAGAAAGAUAUAAGAAACGACGUGGGUAUUGAGAGAGUCAUAAAAAUUUUGGUGGACCAUGGAGCGGACCCUAUGUUGCUUAAUCCUGCGGAGUUUCCUGCGGAGCCUACCCCAGGGCCCGAUAGAAUGGACGAGGGAAAGCUGGAGGUUACCAAAGAAAACCCCCAGAAUAUAUUCACUUGGGGAGUAAAGAAGCUGUUAACAAGACGCCACCGUGCUACACGAACCAUUGGGCCGGAGUCUCAGGAAACCAGGGGAUCUACACGUCGAAAAUUUCGAUUUAUCUUUUGCAUCCCGCUGUCAUCAUGA